AUGGCAGACAAGAAGGCUGGAAGCGACAACAGUGUGGUGAUCCUACCAUCCUGCCUCUUUCAUAUUGGCAACACCCAGCGUGAGCAAGAUCUCCUGAAUUUGCCCCCACCGUCCUGCUCUUCCAAUCCGGGUUCAGUCAACCUCUUCCAGCUGAGAACGAAAGGCUCCAUCAGUGGCAUGUUGGCGCGCUCCGCCGCCCAGCCAGUGCCACGCGACAACAAGGCCGUGACAGCGGAAGCUGCACCAUGA